AUGGGAGAAGCGAAGCGCGCGAACCGAGAUUUCCGGGAGGUUGGAGGGUCCGUAGGAACGUCGCUACCUGUGGUGAGCACAUGGUCGAGCGACAAGGACGAGAGUACGGGUACGGAGGUGCCUACUGGAGACGAGGAAGGGCGCGAGUUCAUGCAGAACGUGUGUGUAGGACUCGAUGGAACUGCCGCCUUGGUCUCUUGGAACCCCGAAUUGGAAGCUGGAACAAUGCCGUUUAGAUGGCGUUCCAUAAUUCGUAACCGAGUAUACGAACACCUAAAACGGGAACGGCACGAGGAAAAGAGUCCUCAUCGAAGAGGCCCGAGAGCCUUAGAGAGCGAUGGAGCUGAGGAUGACGUUCCACCGUUGCGGGACAAGGAGGCCGGAGAUUGUCUGGACGAGGAGUCGCUACGCGAAUACCUCAAUGACGUGGGAGGAACGAAAAAGGUGGCGUUCCUGGAUCUAGCUGUGAGCUGGGCCCGUCGCUAUUGCGAGGAAGGAGCGGACGUAGUUGCCGAAGAGGCGCCCGAAGUUUAUAGGGUGAGCGCGAGUAGAGCCCCGAGGAGGCCAAGAAAGCCUGGGCUGCGCGAGGCGGACGCCGGUGAUGAUCAGGAGGGCGACGACGACGUCGUGCCUCAGGGCAAGCGAGUCAUCUGCAGCGUCGUGGGUAUGCAGGCCCUAUCGGACGGUUAUAUUGACUGCUGCCCGUUGGAAAUGCUGGCAGAUACGGGCGCCAUAGCGAACAGCGUAUCCGGGCACGCGAUCCGCGUCAGUGGAGGGAUUGACCUUCCGGUGACACUCGGAACGCUGGAGAAGACGCUCCUUUUCGUGGUGACUGACCACCUGUUCGUGGACGCGAUCCUUGGAACGGAUUCGUUGAAGGCGUUUCGUGCGGUAAUAGCCCUCGAAGAGCGGACGAUGACGUUAAAGGGAACGGGGGACGUGACCCCCUUGGGUGUGACAAGAGUAGAGGAGACGCUAGGGCGGAAGGGAACGCCAGACCCAGGCGGAACGGCUGCCUGGAACGCCACCGACGUUGCCGUUCCAGUCGGGGAGGCCCUUGAGGCGGCGAUCCCUGGUGAACUACAAGGAGGAGAUCAACUAGCUAACCCCUCUCCAGUAGACGUAUUCGGAUUGGAAUACACCAAGUUUGUGGCGGGACUGGAACGUGUACCUUAUCUGGAAGCUUUGAAGGUAUCUCUAAUUCCGAUCGCGGUGCGGCGGGACUACGAGGCACGGUUUGGAAUUACUGGACACUUAUGUUUGAAAUGGUGCGAAGCGUAUGCGAUUUGGCUACAUUGGGCGUCGUCCUACAAGUGUGUGCGAGCUACAGGCGAAGCGGCAGUGACAGUCGUCGACGGGAUCGGUGAUUGGGUAGUGUGUGGCUACUUACUGGCGUCAUUAAUGCUGUCGAUCCUUAUUUACUUGCCCCGAUUGAUAUACGAAAGUAUCAAAGAAGUGCAACGCGGUUGGAUGGGUGUGCUGCUAGUUGUGUUGAUUUUGGAUACCUACAUGGAGUUUACAGUUGAGUGUGGCUAUUGA